CUUCGCGACAAUAAUGUUAAGUUAAAAAAAGUUCAGAGCAGACAUAAUAGAGCUGGAACAAGAAAAUAACAUCGCGGCAUCGCUCGGGUGAUCUUAAUCAGUUUCUGAGUUCUGGAACUGAAAGGGUUGAUGAUUUGAUGGAGGGUAAGAAGAAGGGGUACGCGUGGGCGGUCUCGGCCGGGCUAAAUGCAGCUCUGGCUGCCGUUUCGGCUAAGCUCAUAACUCCUCAGAUUUUGCGGUAUGGAAUGGUGGUGUUAUUCAACGUGACAAUGUGGGGGUGCUAUGUGAACAGCCUUAAAGCUCUCUCAUCUCUACAAGCUACCGCCACGAAUUUUGCUGCGAAUUUCCUCUCUUCUGGUUUAGCUGGAUACUUUUUGUUCCAAGAGCCCUUGUCCUUCAAGUGGUUUGCAGGUGCCAUGCUCAUUGUAGUUGGUUCACUCAUACUUAGUAAGUCAAGUAUUGAGAAGAAGACGCGAACAGAUUAGCAACUAUGUGUUCCACUUCCCACAUCUAAGAUCCGCCUAAAAGUAGAUUUCCAUUUCUUUCCCUCUACAGACGAAAGCUGGAGGAUGUAGAUGCAGUUAAAACAGUAUAAGACUGGAUUUUGUGUUUAAUGUCAUUCUCCUUUGAGAAUGUUUCUAUAUGAAAAACUCUUCUCUGAUAGUAGUAUUAUUGUCAAAUCUGUGAAUUUACAGCGCUCUGCUGUCAGUGCUGUAUUUCCAUAUGAAAUUUAUAAAACAGUUUGGUCAAGC